AUUUCAUAGAACUUUAGGGUUCGCAUAUUUUGAUAACCGAGCAACGAGACAUUAUUCGUUGAAUGUUAAUAACAAGUCAUAUAAUAUAUGAAUAGUAAAAAAAAUUAUUCAUUCAGUUUAAAACGUGCGCUCAGUAAGAUCACAUCUCGUCUAUUUGCAACAGACUUCCGUGACCAGUGAAUAAUAAUAGAAAUAAAAUGUUUUCGUUUUCGCCUGUGUAUAAACAGUUCUUAACUAUAAUUGCUUGUAACCUAUUGGUGCUAUCUUAUGGAUGGUCGUCUGGUUGGUCAUCAAUCAAUUUAAAUGAGCUAGAAAAUGCAGCGAGUACAUACAGCGUGAAAGGAUUGUCCAAAGACGAAACAUCGUUGGUUAUAUCGAUCUUAUAUGCGGGCAGCUUCACUGGAACUUGCAUUGUUAUAGCGAUCAGUCAAAUGAUCGGCAUCAAGAGAACGAUUCAUCUAUUUGGAUUGCCGUUAGUUGCUAGUUCCCUCCUUCUUCUUUACGCACAAAAUGUGUACUAUUUAUAUGCAUCGAGAUUUCUGUGUGGUAUGGUCAGUGGGUCAUUGGUUGUUGGCAUUCCAACUCUUGUCAACGACAUAUCCAGCGAUAACGUUCGAGGUGCUCUCAAUUCAUUAUACGAUCUAUUUAGCAAUUCCGGGACAAUAAUUUCAUUCUUCCUUGGAAAACAUUUGAGCAUGGACAUUCAAGUGAAAACCCAAUUGAUAGUGCCGAUCAUAUUUCUACUUAUUAUGUGUCUACUGCCGGAAUCGCCUGAAUAUUGGAUUCGGAAGUGCAAAGAGAAGCGAGCGAUUAAAUCUUGUAAAUUUUAUAAAGGAAAAGUUGAUAAACUUGAGCGUAUCGGAUUCACGUCAAAUCAUCCAUGUGUCGAGGCUGCAACCAAAACAAUUGACGAAGAAGAUGACGAACAAUUGACUCUGCAGGAUUUUCUCUCACCCAAAGCAAAGAAAGCAAUUUGUGUGGCUUUUUUGUCGCUGCUGCUGAGUUUCUUAUCCUGUGCUACGGUUACUUUCAACUACGUCGAACGUAUAUUUGAACGAACUGUAUCAUCCAACACAAAGGAUUAUUCGUUAGGCAUAUCGAUCGUUCAGCUGGUGGCAAAUGUCAUAUUCUUGACGAUCGUUGAACGCUUCAAACGAAGGACUCUUUAUAUUUGGUCAUCGAUCCUAACAACUGUCAGCUAUUGCGUGUUCGGUACCUACUGUUUAGUUUUACUCAAACAACCAAAAUAUGAAUUGAUUUCGGUGCUUUGCUUCGUAUUCAUUACAUUCAUAAGUUGCAUGGGAAUGGUACCAGUACCGUACAUUUUAGCUGUUGAAAUAUUUCCGAAGAAAAUUCGAAAAGUAUGUCUGACUGCAGCUAUUUUGAUGAUGUGGAUUGUGUUGUUCGCACUUGAUCGAGUCUUUCCAAAUUUCUUGGACUUCUUUGAACUGCACCAUUGUUUUUACAUACUGGGUGUUAUGAGCUCAUUGAACGCGAUAUUUGGCAUAUUUUGUGUUCCUGAAACAAAGGGAAAAACGCAUGAGGAAAUUAUGGCACUGCUGGAUAAUUAAGAAUUUUAAAGGCAUCUUAUUAAGUCAGUUUUUGAUUUACGGUAUUCCACUAUACUGGACUUACCCAAUGGUGAUGUUUUCUUGAGUGAAAUCACAUUAAUUAGGAUUACAAAAAAAUGUCAACAGACAUUUAUUGAAAUCGCAUAAUAAUUGACUAAAAUUGAUGUAAUUUUUUUUAAAACUUUUUAACGCAAAAUCAAAUAAAUAUAAAAAUUAAUUUGUAAACAAAGAACACCGCAAAUGAGUAGACUGAUGGAACAAAUUUAAUACGUAGAGUCUAAAACUUUCAGUGAUGAGUUGCUUCCUACUUUGCCAUACCAUCUAAUUCCAACUUUAGAAUUCGGAGUUCGAUUUUAUUUUGACUCAUGAGAUAAAGUCUACGUGCACCAAUGUCAAUCAAGUAUGUCACCACAAUCAUAUUAUAAUUUAUUUUCUUGAACGAAUUAGUAGUGGUUUUGACAAAGCUACUGCUCAAAAGGUCGGUAAGUUUAUCAAUGAAACAAGUCAGUUUUGCCACACAUUGUCAACUUGUCGGUUAAGUACUGUCUUCUGUCUACUUUUGAUUUGAGCAACAUUUAACAUAUUAUCAAUAUCGGAUUGAAAUUAUCGGAUUUUUUUUAUAUCAGUCUCAAUUUGGCUGGGCAAAAAAGAUUGAGCAUAUGGAACAAGUCACGAUACGCCUCAGCAUGUGCUUCUUAUCGCAUAAUUUAGAAAAAAUUACGAUUUGAACGUCAUUAUUCGCAAACGAUUUUGUAUACAAACAAUUCAUUGAGCGUACAUUGGCUUGACUGAAUAAUAUCAUCUCACGGUAUGAAGUACUGCUAAAACGGCUCUCGUUUUAAUAAUAAUUGUUUCUAAAAAUAAAUGAACAACACAUCAAUAAAUCAACAGCCGAAAGUCAAAUUAACGAAUUAGAGACAAUAUGAAAACAGAUGCUGAAAUUCAAAAUUAUCAUUCAGGAGCGUUGUGUGUUACUCAAAAAAGAUAUCUGUCUAACAAUGAUCCAACAGAGUUUGAAUUAACCGAACAAAAUAAUUCAAAUUGGCACUGACUGGAACUAUGAUAGUUUAUCUUAAUCGUCUAUUGCAAAUUAUUUGAUUUUUUGUGUCACUAUCUUAUCUCUGGCCUGAUUGUGCCGAAUCAUUUUAAAUCAGAAAUUUUAUCUUUUCCAAUAUAACCCUGUGCACGGUGCGCAAAAUCAUCAUCUAUUAAUUGACGUUUGCAUUUCAUACAAUCACCGCUCAAUGAUACAAUUCGUGUCGAAAUUAGUUGUGCAUAGCAAAAGAGAAAAAACAGUCUGGCAAAAAUGAGUGGAAUAUCACCAGUUUUCAAACAGUUUCUAACUAUAAUUUGUUGUAAUUUACUAACACUAUCGUUUGGAUCAUCGGUGGGUUGGGCCACGAUCAACUUUCUUGAAUUCCAAAGUGAGAACAGCACGUUGACAAUAGGCCGUUUGACAUUGGAUGAAGCAACGAUGCAAGUGUCACUCGUCAAUAUCGGCGCAUUCCUAGGUACAUUCGCCAUUUUGCCUAUUAGCCAGUUGCUUGGUAUAAAACGAACGAUUCACUUGUUUGGUUUGCCGUUAAUCCUGAGUUCACUGCUUGUCAUCUGGGCACAAAAUAUUUACUAUUUAUAUGCAGCCCGAGUGCUGAGUGGGUUUGUCGGCGGUGCAUUAGUUGUUGGCAUUCCAACUCUUGUCAACGAUAUCUCGAACGAUAACAUUCGGGGUGCUCUAUACUCAUUAUACGAUCCAUCGUAUAAUUUAGGAGUUAUCAUUUCAUUUUUCUUGGGCAAUUACUUGAACUGUUUGGAUCAAGUGAAGGCACAACUGAUUGUGCUCAUCAUUUUCGCAAUUGUGCUGUUUUUAUUCCCGGAAUCACCCGAGUAUUGGCUGAAAGGUCACCUAGAUAAGCGAGCACUCAAAUCACGAACAUUCUACAAAGGGAAUACAGUGACGCCAGAACAUGUCGAGUUCAUUCAAGUCAACGAUGAAGACGAGCCAGAUUCCAAAUUGACUAUCCGAGAUUUUUUUACGCCACAAGCCCGAAAAGCAUUGAUGAUUUCCUUCACAAUGCUCCUAUUGAGUUUUUCUUCUGGGUCUUUAACAAUUCUCAGCUACGUAACUGAUAUUUUUUCCAAAACCGGUUCAUCGUUGUCAGAGAAGAAUUCCUCACUUUUAGUUUCGAUCACGCAAAUCGUUGGGAAUUUGGUUUUUUUGAAUAUCAUCGAGAGAUUCAAUCGAAGGACUCUGUAUAUUUGGUCAUCAAUACUAACGAUGGCUUCUUACUUCUUAUUCGCCACUUAUUGCUUACUUUGGAUCCAGCGGCCCGAAUACCAAUGGAUGCCUCCGUUAUGUUUUGCAUGCAUUAUUUAUUUCAGUUGCAUGGGACUAUUACCAAUUCCAUACAUUUUAGCCAUAGAAUUAUUCCCGAAAAAGAUUCGCCAAACCUGUCUCGCAUUCUCCGUUUCUUUAUUAUGGAUUAUUUUAUUCGUAGUUGGAACAAUAUUUCCCAGCUUUCUGGAGCGGUUUGAUCUGCCCAUUUGCAUGAUGACUCUCGGUGUUAUAUCGUCAUUAAAUGUGGUGUUCGGCUACUUUUUCGUACCAGAGACACGAGGAAAAUCAUACGAAGAAAUUAUGGAACUUUUGGAAUAACCUCUUAUUUAUUUGUAUUUUUAAAAAAAUGUUAGUACCUAAAAAAAUAAUCACAUGAUUUUAAUUUUCUUUUUCGAAGACAAAAUCGCAACAUUUUCUGCAUGCUUUCUACAUUCGUAACGACGUAUAUGAUGACGAAGCUUGAUUCGCCUAAUUUGAUCGAUAAAGUAUUUACCCAUGUCAGUGUAAAAUGGUAGAAAAAUGCUGUAAUAUUGGGUCUGGGAAUUAGUUUUGUCGAUUUUUUUAAAUUUUCAAACAUUUAUUUGAAUACCAAAAUGAAAUUACAUUUCAAUCAAAAUAUUGUCCAUCGGAAGCGAUGACCUUCUGCCACAAUGUGGGCAAUUGACGGAUGCCUGCCUUAAAAAAUUCCUCAUCUUUUGAGGCUAUAAAUGCAUCGAGCCAAUUUUGGAUUUCUUCAACUGAAGAGAACCGCUCUCCGUCCAUAUGGUUUUGCAUCGAUCGAAACAAAUGGUAGUCGGAAGGAGCCAGGUCUGGGCUAUACGGGGCGUGAGCCAAAACUUCCCAUCCGCUAUUUUCCAAGUAGUUUUUGACCGAUUUCUCAAUGUGUGGCCGAGCAUUGUCAUGUAGGAAAAUCAAUGUCUCUUUUCUGGUCUCCCAUUUCGUGCGUUUUUCUUUGAUUGCUUGUUUCAAACGUAUCAAUUAUUGUCGGUAGAAAGGCCCAUCGAUGGUUUGACCACUUCUCAGCAGCUCAUAAUACACCACUCCCUCCUCAUCCCACCAAAUAGACAGCAUUACCUUGUCGCCGUGAAUUUCUUGUUUUGGCUGUGAUGUUGCUGGUUGGCCGGGCUUAACAUACGAUGCUUUGCGCUUGGGGUUAUCGUGAUGAAUCCAUUUUUCGUCACCAGUGACAAUUCGAUACAGAAAACCUCUUUUUUUGUGCCUUGCGAGCAGCAUUUCGCAAGUCACUAAACGCCUUUCAGCUUGCGCUGGCGUCAAUUCAUGUGGUACCCAAUUUGACAACUUGCGAAUGAAACCAAGGGCCCUUAAACGAUAUCCAACAGUGCUUCGGUCAACAUUCAAUGCUCUGGCAAGCUCAUCUUGAGUUUGACUCGAAUCUUCAUCGAGCAAUGCCUCCAAUUCCGCAUCUUCAAACUUUUUUGGCUGGCCGGGACGUUCCUUGUCUUCCGUGCUAAAAUCACCACUUUUGAACCGUGAAAACCACCGUUCACAUGUACGUUCCGAUGGAGCAUGCUCACCAUAGGCUUCCACCAACAUUCGAUGCGCUUCAGCCGCAGUUUUCUUCAAAUGAAAGCAAAAAAUUAAUGCUUGCGGGAAAUGUUGCUUUUUCGGUACAAAAUUUGACAUAUUUAAGGUGCAAAAAAAAAUGUUCAUCCAAACUUCGAUGAAAUGAUAGAUGAUGAUUUUUGUAGUUUGACACUAGACCACUCAUGUGAAAAAGAAAAAAGUAUUGCCCGAUACAACCAUGCAAAGUUACGCCAUCUUUUGAAAAAUCGACACGAUUAAUUCCCAGACCCAAUAAGAAUUUUGACUGAAUCAAAAUCACUUCAUUUGGUUUUUCCAAAGUGAUCCGAACGUCUCGACAAAGCAAUGAUUUGUUCAACUUCAAGAAAUCAAAAUCCGAAUCGUUUCAUCAUCAAAAUCGUUGUAACUUUUCUAAAUUAUAUUUUUUUCUUUCCGUUUUGUGAUUUUAUUUACUACUUGGCCGAAGUACAAAAUAGAUUCUUCGAAGUGUGCUUUAAUGUUCACCUAAAGACCGUUUUAAGAAAAUCUGCAUUUAAUCCAGAAUAUGUUUCAACCUUGUUUUGAAUAUUUUUCCUUAGAAAACAUUGACAAUGGUAAGAGUAUUGUUUCUUAGGGCAAUGUGAGAUUUAAUGUUUAGUCUACCCAUAUGGUUCAAGUGUGGAGUUGUGUGGAAUUGUGAGGUGAUAGGCGAAAACAGUAGAACCACAACAGCGCAAACAAUGCAUUGAAAUCAUUGCGUGCACUCAACUCAAUGUCAACGCUUGUAUUAUUUGCUAUUUCGCAUCUCCACAGUAGUCCACAGUUGACCCGUAUUGGGAAUAUUAAUUAUGUUUUGAGACAUAUGAUUAAAAAAAACGAAGUCGCAGACAAAUCUUGGUCGCUCAUAACCCUUCAUAAUCCUAUUAUCCAAAUGACCGAAUUACAAGAAUUGCUCGAAACAUCAGCCUGAAACACCUGUUUGAAGGAAGGAUGGUAAACUAAGUGAAACUAUGCGGAUAAAUACGGAUGCAAACAUGGAAUGUGCUUUAGUUUACGUUUGACUUUUGAGCAGAAAGCUACGAUUGAACAUUUCAGAAUUUCUAACUUCAACAAUUAUACCGCCGAACCACUUUCAAGAUAGAAAAGAAUUUUAAUUGCUGGCGAAACAGUUUCAAAACUUCGAAAAAUAAUAUAAAACAUUUUCAUCGUAUUUCAAGUGUGAACAAAUUAAAUUUCAAUAUAUAAAGAUGUCGAUGUAUUAUUCUCAA